AUGGCUGACGGCCAUCGCGUGUUGUUCAAGCACCCGCGAACCGAGAGAUACGUCAUCGUCUACACCUUGACGCUCCCCGCGGUGAACCAAGGAUUGGUCUUUCGAGACGUCGGCGCCGGCGGUCCCGUCGUCGAUUCCGUCGUCCCGGGCGGAUGGGCCGAUAAACACGCCGACAUCGCGCCGGGAGAUAGACUCUUGCGGUGCACGGCGUACGAGAUCGACGUCGACCAUGCGAAUCUCGCGCCGAAACCGUUCGUGUUCGAUUGCUCUGAGCCGACGCCGGAGACUGGUCUACCGCCGACUUUUGAAGUGUGUAUGCGCGCGCUCCAAUCGACGGAGAUCCUCAGCACGGGAUUCGUGCAUCGGAAAGUGACGUGUGAGUUCAUUCGCGACGUGCGUGAUCUGCGCGAGCGCGAAGAGCACGACCGUUUUCUCGCUCGCAUCGCGCAAGUCGGCCUCUUGGAGGAGGAUCGAGAGGCGGCGGAGCGUCGAGGAGAGCGCGUGCCUCAGCGCGCCCCAGGAGAGCACCCAGACGGCGUUCCGGUCGAACCGUUGUUCGUCGAGGACGUCUAUCCCGUAGAUGACUGA